ACGACAUCAGGCGAGAACAGACACCGCACGCCAGUUGUCUGCUGCAUGUCAGUCCUUCGACAGGCCCCGACAGGCCUCUUCAGAGCAACACGCUGUCGCUGUAUCACUACAAAGCAACUUCUCGGCCGGAAUCCGCCACUACCACCCGCCUCGCCCGACAGUAUCCACUUUGACCCACGACCCAUUGAGCGCGCGCGGUAUGAAGAGUACUAUCACGAUGUCAUUGCGCCGGACCUGUUGGCCAUGACAUAUAGUAUGAAGCUCAAGUCUCAACCUGUUUCUACACGCACCAACGAACCGCGGUCAUGGGAUGGUUCAAGCGAGUAUCACAAAAAUCGACCAAAUCGACCAUUGCGUGGUGGGAAAGUACCACAGCCCCUUCCUGAGCCUCGUACACAUCGCAAUGUUCCACGGAUUGAGAGCAUCUAUGUUCACAGUAUGGUCAAGGAAGCACUGCUGGACCGAUCAAAGCUGUUAUCUGCCUUUAUGGCAUUUCAAACCAUUACCGGCCAGCGACCUGAACUCAUCGAGUCGAAAAAGUCAGUAGCGCCCUGGAAGCUGCGUGAAGGGGUUGCUGUUGCAGUGCAAGUGAAGUUGCAAGGACCACCUAUGAUGCAGUUCCUUGCAACGCUCGUUGAGGUGAUUUUACCAUCACUCAAGGAUUUCGGGGGUGUACCGGACUCGACGGGUGAUGGCAAUGGUAACAUCGCUUUUGGUCUACCACCUGCUGCACUGAGUCGGUUUCCGGAGAUUGAAGCGAACUAUGAACAGUACCCACACUUGCCUGGAUGCCACAUCAUGGUGAAUACGACAGCCCUCAAUGAUCGGGAAGCUAAGCUGUUGAUGACGGGUUUCGGUCUGCCAUUCAAGAAGUGAAGUACAUGACAUAGGAGGUUAUAGAUCUAGCAUUUGCCGUCAUCGGCGUCCAUCGGCCC